AUGCGAUCCGCCCGUUCCGCGCUCUCCUGGGCGUUCGUCGCCGCACUUCUCCAGCCCUGUGCAGCACAACAACAAAAGACAUGCUACUACCCCGACGGCAGCAUAGCCAAAGGCGACCACCCCUGUGACACCGACGCCGAGCACAGCCCGUGUUGCGCCGGCGAUGUUCUCGCCAACCAGUGUCUCGCGAAUAAGCUCUGCCUGUCGCCAAAGGGCCGGUAUGCCCGGGGGUCGUGUACCGAUCCGACUUGGACGUCGCCAGAUUGUCCGCAGUACUGCAUCGCAAACAACCUAACCAACGGCGCCGACCUCUCCCUCUGCACCAGCCUCUCCAACCCCUCCCCCUCCUUCUGCUGCGUCGGCGCGUCCGACUGCUGCGCCCAACAAAGCUCCCAAUUCAUCCUCCGCCCCGCGCCCUACGACACCUGGGCCGUCUGGGACAAAGACAACAACCGCUACGACGUCAUCGCGCCCCUUUCCUCCUCCUCCUCCUCCUCCUCCUCCUCCUCCACCGGGACCAAGACCACCACCAGCCCAUCCGCCACCGGCACGGGCGCCUCAUCCCAGUCCCACGAAACAGGAACCCACCCCCCCGCAACAUUAGCCAUUAGCACCAACCCCAACGCAGCCGACGCCACAGCAGGCGCCGUCGGCCCUCACACAACCUCCUCCGGCACCCUCUCCGACCAAACCCCAUCCAGCACAGGCCUAUCCACCGGCGCGCAAGCAGGCAUAGGCGUCGGCGCAGCCAUCGGUGCCCUACUCCUCGCAGCCGUGGCCUUUCUCGGAUGGAAAUUGUACCGAGCAUCACAGACUUCUGGGAUCGCCGAGCAGUGGGCUUGGGAUAUGGAGGAGCAGAGGCGGAGGGAGGCGGAGGCUAGGGCGGCGGCUGCGGCUGGGACGGGAGCGGGGACGGGAGUGGAAGUGCCGGCGCCGGUGUAUUAUGCGCAGUUGGACGGGGGGAUGGUUAAGCAUGAGUUGGGGAGUGAGGUCGCGUCGUAUGAGUUGCAGGGGGGGGAUGGGAGGAGGGGGGAGUUGGGGACGAGUCCGGUGUAUGGCGGGGAGUCGCCGGUGACGCAGGGUUGGGGGCAUCGGUGA